AUGUUUGAACUUCAACCUUUAACAAAAGAAAACUACUUGUGGGACAUUGACAUUGUUGAUCUGUAUGGAGAUGGGUCACUGAACAACAAUGUAGCAAGGUCUCCAUCUAAAGAUACUUCCAGUGAUCGGGAGAUAGAUGUUUUCACGUCCACAUAUGGAAAGAUUUUGUCAAAAUUCAGUGCUCAGUCCCUAUCUGAGCGUGAGGACUUCCUGAUUGGAUCAUUUCCUGAGGGCUUUCAGUGGGCAGUCUCCAGUGAGUCUUUCAAAGUGGAGGGCGGCUGGUCUGAAGAUGGCAAGGGGGAAACAAUAUGGGACCGUUUUGGACACCAGGGUCAUGUGUUUGAUAACCAGACUGCUGACCUGGCUUGUGACAGCUACAACAAGGUGGACUAUGAUGUGUACCUGCUCAGAGGUCUGCUCACUGACACCUUUCAGUUUUCCAUAUCUUGGGCCCGAAUCUUCCCUACUGGCCACAGGGGGAGCCUGUCAGAGAAAGGAGCCCUUUAUUAUGACAACCUCAUCAACACGCUCCUUGAGUCAAACAUAGAGCCCGUUGUCACCCUUUAUCACUGGGACCUUCCUCAGGCCUUACAAGACAAUGGAGGCUGGACGAAUCUCACUGUUGUGGAGGCUUUUAAAGACUUUGCAGACUUCUGCUUCUCCAGAUUUGGAGACAGAGUGAAGACCUGGAACACCUUCAGCAGUCCGUGGGUCGUGAGCCACUCUGGUUAUGGCACUGGUGAGCAUGCACCGGGAGUCAAGGACCCAGUAAUAUCAUCCUAUCAGGUGACCCAUAACAUACUGAAGUCCCAUGCUGAGGCCUGGCAUGUCUACAACGAUAACUACAGGAAACAGCAGGGUGGGAGAGUGGGCAUAGCUCUGAACUCAGACUGGGCUGAGCCUCUGAACACUGCAAGUCCUCAGGACAUUGAGGCAGCUGGACGCUACCUGGACUUCAUGCUGGGCUGGUUUGCGCACCCCAUAUUCGUGGAUGGAGACUAUCCAGUGAAGCUAAAGACUCAGAUCGAACAGAAGAAGCAGGAAUGUCAGCCCACUGAGGUAGCAAGACUUCCUGUGUUCACAGAAUCUGAGAAACAGCGGAUCAAAGGAACAGCAGAUUUCUUUGGGCUGAACCACUACACCACCCGUCUUAUAAAUGAGAGUAGCGGACAGUGUGUUCCAGAACCUCAUGGUGUUGGAGACUUCCAGUCUCAUGUUGACCCCAGCUGGCCAACCAUAGACUCCGACUGGAUUCAACCAGUGCCAUGGGGACUUCGCCGUCUGCUCAACUACAUCUCAGCACAGUACACAUCAGUCAGCAAAGUGCCAAUUCACAUUACUGGAAAUGGGAUGCCAAUGUACAACAGUGAAAGCUUCAAUGAUACAGAACGUAUUAACUUCUUAAACGGUUACAUCAAUGAAGUACUAAAAGCUAUAAAUCUUGAAGGGGCGGACAUUAAGAAGUACACAGUUCAGUCCCUAAUGGAUGGUUUUGAGGGUCCACAAGGCUAUAGCCAAAGAUAUGGUUUGCAUUAUGUCAACUUUGAAGACUCAAGUAGACCUAGAACGCCCAAAGCAUCUGCAUACUUCUAUGGUCAUGUAAUUGAAAUGAAUGGCUUUGAAAAGGUUAGAUCAGUUUCAGAUGUUCCAAAGUUACAGACCACCAGAAAAAAUACAGCCUUGCCCCCAUCCAAAGUGCCCUCCACAGCUAAAGUUGUUUGGGAGAAGUUUUCACAUCAAACCAGAUUUGAAAAAAAACUUUACCACUAUGGAACAAGUUGUUUGGGAGAAGUUUUCACAUCAAACCAGAUUUGAAAAAAAACUUUACCACUAUGGAACAUUCCCUGAAGGAUUCCAGUGGGGUGUCUCCUCCUCAGCCUAUCAGAUUGAAGGUGCGUGGAACACAGAUGGAAAAGGACUAAGUG